AUGAUUGCUUUGUGUCCGUUAGACAACAUGGAGAUGAAGAAUAACCACAACGAUGUCGAGGAGAGGAUAGUAAUGAGUCCUAUAAAGAAGGAAAAGGAUUAUACAGUACUCCGGAUGGAGAGAGUCAGAGCCCAAGACAUGGACGCCACCGAUGGCUCCGAUAAACACAUCGCUGGCGGCACUCAUACCGGACUUGUGGUCAACAAAUCCAUCGACGAGUCGAAGAUGGACGAUUGCGGUCCUCCGGAGUUGUGUCUAUCGUUCAAAGUAUUUCUGAUAAACAGCGAGACUCAGAGCCAUAACCAGGAGAACCGUUCCCUUAAAUUCUGGUUCACUCCCGAUGUGAGCGAAGCCCACAAAAUGGGUUUCGCGCAGCAGUUCUUCAGAGAUCUCAUUAAUCCGACAAAUUUUCCCAAAGACUACAUCGGAUUCAUUAUGAAGAUUAUGAAAUUGUUGCAAAUGAAGUACACAAACAUCAGGCAAAUCGAAGUCGAGCUCAAACUUGUCCAGCAAUUAUCGGAACCGCCCGCCCGUCCCACGUCUAAAAACGGGGUUUUAAUAAGCAUUGGGAAUGAAUGUACGGAUGAUAAGUAUUACUACUUAAGGGACAUACAGUCAACCCCUUUACCAUAUAUUAUACAUCAGAGCAAAUCAUUGACAUAUAGUGAACCGAUGGCCCCAAAACCGAAACUCAUUGGAUCAGUGUCGAUCGACGAGAGCUUUUUGGGUUCCAUUGCAGAACUCAGUGAAGAGAAAGUACUGGAACUAAUCGAGUCAUCAUAUCCUAAUCCAAUCUCUUUGGCCGAUAUUGCAAAUUCGACCCAAUCGACCGAAGAAGACGUUCACUUCCAUAUCCAGGAAUUAUUAUCAAAGAAUUUGAUCAAAGCUAUCAGUGAUGGCCUCUUCACGCGAGUCACACAAAACGAUACUGAAGUCAAAUUAGUUCGACAAAUGCCUAAAGUUGUCCGUUCAGAACAGCCCACUAUUGCCAUCAUUACUGCCCAAUACUGCGAGAAAUUAGCCGUCGAUGCGAUGAUAGAUAAUAAGGACACAUAUGUUAGAUAUAAAACUGAAGGAGAAUCUAAUGUCUAUACUCUGGGAAAUAUUGGUGUCCAUAGAGUAGUGUCAACUAAAUUACCAACUGUUGGGCACUCGAGAGCUGCGAUGAUUGCGGCGGGAAAUACCACAACAAGACUUCUUGGGACAUUUCAAUGCGUUGAAUAUGUAUUUCUGGUGGGAAUCGGUGGCGGAGUUCCCCAUUACACAGAUUUCAAUCGACACGUCCGGUUGGGUGAUGUAGUGGUGUCGGCGCCGCCCGAUGUGUUGGGCGAAGGCGUCCGACAAAAACCAUUUGUUUAUAUUCAUUGCGAACGGAUGAAGAACUCGCCGGAAGAGCGCGUCAAUCCAAUCGCUUCCCCCAAUGCGUCCAGAGAUAGCAAUUCAGUCGACAAUUUUAAUUUCCGUUUUUGGUGUCCACCGAGUCUUGAAUUGCAAACAAUUGCUAAAGAGAUCUAUGAAAAGGGCAGCGAAACGAAUGACAGAGUUUGGGAACAGUAUCUUCAGGAAGGCAUCGAUAUGUUGCACGAAUCGGAGCCCGAAUUUAUUCGACCGGCGCCUCAAACAGAUAAGCUGUAUAUGUCUAUCGGCACUAAAGACGUGAUAGAGAUGGCACAUCCCUGUCCUUCCACUGACGCCUACGAUCCCCGAAGUCAUGGCUUCCCGAAAGUUCAUUUCGGAGCCAUUGGUUCGGGACGUAUGGCAGUGAAAGACGAACAGAUCAGACAAGACAUUGCAUCCAAAUUCGGUGUAAUGGCGUUCGACUCGGAAUUUGAUUCCGUUGUCGAAUCGGUUUUCGGUAAUCGAAAAGACAAAUACAUAUUUUUGCGCGGAAUCGCCGACUAUAAAGACGGCUCCCGUAAGAAGGAAUGGCAGCCGUACGCCGCCCUCUCAGCCGCCGCUUAUAUGAAAGCUAUUCUCUGCGCUCUAAGUCCUGUCGAAGACAACUGA